AAAAAGAGGGGAAAAAAUGGAGAUCCGAAGUGUGUAUUAUUCCUCCCUCAUCUUCUGGACUGUGUGUUUUGUUUGGAGCAUCGAGACUCACAGUGUUUCUCCUCCAAACAUUAUCCUCAUGCUGAUGGAUGAUAUGGGAUGGGGUGAUCUAGGUGUUUUUGGUGAGCCGUCUGAAGAAACCCCACAUCUGGAUAUGAUGGCCUCUCAGGGGAUGCUGUUCCCCGACUUCUACACCGCAAACCCACUCUGUUCUCCGUCCCGAGCAGCACUGCUUACCGGGCGUCUUCCGAUCCGGAACGGGUUCUACACCACCAACGCACAUGCCAGGAACGCCUAUACGCCUCAAGAGGUCGUGGGAGGAAUUACGAACGAUGAGAUCCUGCUGCCUGAGCUACUGAAAAAACAAGGCUAUGUCAGCAAGAUCGUCGGCAAGUGGCACCUCGGACACAGGAAGCAGCACCUGCCUCUGGAGCAUGGAUUUGACCAGUUCUUCGGUUCUCCGCACUGCCACUUUGGACCCUAUAACGACAUCGCGCGUCCCAACAUCCCCGUCUAUAACAACUCCGAAAUGAUUGGACGGUAUUACGAGGAGUUUAAAAUCAACAAUAAAACCGGAGAAUCAGACCUCACGCAGAUGUUUCUACAGGAAGCAUUAGACUUCAUCUCACACCAAAGCACCCAUCAGCCGUUUUUCCUCUACUGGGCCCCGGAUGCAACGCACGAUCCGGUUUAUGCUUCCAAGCAGUUCCUGGGUCGGAGUCAACGUGGACGCUACGGUGAUGCCGUGAUGGAACUGGACCACAGUGUGGGCAAGAUUUUGGCUCAUCUGGUUGAUCUGAGCAUCGAAAAGAACACGUUUGUGUUCUUCACUUCUGAUAACGGUGCUGCUCUGAUGUCAGGACCUGGAAAAAGUGGCAGUAAUGGCCCAUUCCUGUGUGGGAAGGAGACGACGUUUGAAGGAGGGAUGAGGGAACCCGCCAUUGCCUGGUGGCCCGGACGAAUCCCAGCAGGCACGGUGAGCUAUCAGUUGGGAACUGUGAUGGAUCUCUUCACUACCAGCCUCGCUCUUGCUGGUCUUAAUGCUCCUGAUGAUCGGAUCAUUGAUGGCCUGGAUCUGAGUUCCAUUCUUUUUAACAAAUCAUUAGUAGAAAGGCCCGUUUUCUAUUACCGUGGCAAUGAGAUGAUGGCGGUGCGACUCGGCCUCUACAAGGCACAUUACUGGACGUGGACCAACUCGUGGGAGGAGUUUAUCACGGGGAUAGACUUUUGUUCUGGUCAGGAGGUUCCUGGGGUCACCAAUCACACCCAGCAGGAGCACACCAUGCAGCCACUCAUCUUUCAUCUGGGGCAGGACCCGGGCGAGAAAAAACCAAUCAGUGUCUUGUCUAAGGAAUAUCUGGACGUUCAGACACGCAUCGGUACAGUGGUGGAGAAACAUAAGAGGACACUGGUACCUGGAGAGCCACAGCUGAACAUGUGUGAUCUGGCAGUCAUGAAUUGGGCUCCACCAGGAUGCGAGAAGUUGGGGAAGUGUCUCAAAGCACCACCGUCCAACCCCUGGAAAUGUGACUGGCCCCACUGAUUCAAUAAAUAUAUAUAUAUAUAAAUAUAUAUAUAUAUAUAUAUAUAUAUAUAUAUAUAUAUAUAUAUAUAUAUAUAUAAAUAAGUCAUAAUGGAUUAUUGUUCAAUAAACUCUGAUUCCUUUCAUUA